AUGGAUUCUCUCACGACCCAUCCCUCCACCGCGCAGCAGGCCCGGGCCUUCACUUCUCCUGCCUCUCUGUCCUUUCCCGGUGGUGCUGGUGACUUGACACCACCUUCCGAUAAAGAUGGAAACAUGGCGAUGAGCCUUCAGGGUGCAAACGGACAUGUGAACGGCCAGCAGCAGGGAGGAAAUGCCACCAACGGCAACGGGGUGACACCCGCUACUCCUGUUGCAACUCCAGGUGCCAAUACUCCGGGGAGUGGCAUUGUGCCUACGUUGCAAAAUAUUGUCGCUACUGUAAAUCUUGACUGUCGCCUGGAUUUGAAGACUAUUGCGCUCCACGCAAGAAAUGCGGAGUACAAUCCAAAGCGUUUCGCGGCCGUGAUUAUGCGUAUCCGUGAACCCAAGACCACCGCUUUGAUUUUUGCCUCGGGCAAGAUGGUUGUCACUGGUGCCAAGUCAGAGGAUGAUUCGAAGCUGGCAUCCAGGAAGUACGCGCGUAUCAUCCAAAAGCUCGGAUUUAAUGCCAAGUUCACGGAUUUCAAGAUCCAGAACAUUGUCGGCUCCUGUGACAUCAAGUUCCCUAUUCGCCUAGAAGGUUUGGCUAGUCGCCACCACAACUUCAGUUCUUAUGAACCUGAGCUGUUCCCUGGUCUCAUCUACCGUAUGAUGAAGCCCAAGAUCGUACUUUUGAUCUUCGUCAGUGGCAAGAUUGUCUUGACCGGCGCCAAGGUCCGUGAAGAGAUCUACCAGGCGUUCGAGCUAAUCUACCCUGUGCUUUCUGGUACAGUACCUUGCAUUCCAACCCGUUCGUAA